AAAGUGUCAAAUGUUGACUUAAUUAGCAUUUUAAUCCAAUCUAUGAAGCUAGACUGUUUUUCAAUUCAUCCAGCCAGAUAUUUAAAGAUUCAUCUGUUCACAAUGGAGAUAAUCCAUCAUUAGACUAAAUUCACUAGUAGUGUUUCAUUGUUGUUACCUGUCAACCUUUCAUAUACACUACUCUGGGUCAGGUUGGACCUAAAAACACAGCCAACAAAAAAGCUGGAAAUGGUACAACUUGUGCAUUACAAUGCCACAUGAGCUGGGAAAACUGAACGACAUCAUUUAUGCUGCAAAUGAGUCAUUUAGCCCAGCUAGAUGUCUGAGAGUCAGAGAGAUGGGAGAGGCAAGCAGAGAGGAAGAGAGAAGACUCAAACAGUCCCAGUAUCACACAGCAGAUAUGAGGAUGAUUCAUGUGUAAGAGGCAGAGCCCGGCGCAGAGCAGGCAGCCGUGCGGACCAGUACUCAGACCCAGGAUCAGUCCAGCGUUCACAGAGCUGGAUACCCUCUCCCCACCACGUCUCUCACCUCCGCCACGUGCCCCCCUCAGUGACAUGUACCCUGAAGAGAACCGGGGUUCUGGAGAGGUAGCCACUGUGGACUUCCUGGAGGGGACAUACGACUAUGCCACCCCCACCCCUACCCCGACUCCUCUUUACAGCCACUCCACCACUGGCUACUACUCUGCUCCUCUGGACGCCCACGGACAACCCUCAGAUGGCAGCCUUCAGUCUCUGGGCACUGGGCCCACUAGUCCUCUUGUGUUUGUACCCUCCAGCCCACGUCUCAGCCCCUAUAUGCACCCGCCCAGCCAACACUAUCUGGAGACCACUUCAACACCCAUCUACAGGUCCAGCGGGCCAUCCAGUCAGCAGCCGGUAUCCAGAGAGGACCAGUGCAGCACCAGUGACGAAUCAUACGCCAUGGGGGAGUCAGGGGCUGUAGCCGGGGGUUUUGAGAUGGCCAAAGAGACGCGCUUCUGUGCAGUAUGCAGUGACUAUGCCUCUGGUUACCACUACGGGGUGUGGUCCUGUGAAGGCUGCAAAGCUUUCUUCAAGAGGAGCAUCCAGGGUCACAAUGACUAUAUGUGCCCAGCAACCAAUCAGUGUACUAUUGACAGGAAUCGGAGGAAGAGCUGCCAAGCCUGCCGUCUUAGGAAGUGUUACGAAGUGGGCAUGAUGAAAGGAGGUGUGCGCAAAGACCGUGGUCGUGUUUUGCGCCGUGACAAACGAUGGACUGGCACCAGAGACAAGUCCACCAAGGAGCUGGAGCAACGAACAGUGCCCCCUCAGGACGGGAGGAAACGCAGCAGUAGCAGCAACAGUGCUGGCGGAGGAAAAUCAUCGGUAGCUGGCAUGCCUCCUGACCAGGUGCUCCUUGUGCUCCAGGGUGCUGAGCCUCCAAUAUUAUGUGCCCGUCAGAAGAUGAGCCGACCCUACACCGAGGUCACCAUGAUGGCCAUGCUCACCAGCAUGGCCGACAAGGAGUUGGUCCACAUGAUCGCCUGGGCCAAGAAGCUUCCAGGUUUCGUGCAGUUGUCCCUUCAUGACCAGGUGCAGCUGCUGGAGAGCGCGUGGCUGGAGGUGCUGAUGAUCGGGCUCAUGUGGAGAUCCAUCCACUGCCCUGGCAAACUCAUCUUUGCACAGGACCUCAUCCUGGACAGGGACGAGAGCACCUGUGUUGAGGGUAUGGCUGAGAUCUUUGACAUGCUGCUGGCCACCACGUCCCGUUUCCGCCUGCUCAAACUCAAACCUGAGGAGUUUGUCUGCCUCAAAGCUAUCGUCUUACUCAACUCUGGUGCCUUCGCUUUCUGCACCAGCACAAUGGAGCCUCUACACGACAGCACGGCAGUGCAGAUUAUGCUGGACACCAUCACAGAUGCUCUGGUACAUUAUAUCAGCCAAUCAGGAUGCACUGUCCAGCAGCAGUCGAGACGGCAGGCCCAGCUGCUCCUCUUGCUCACUCACAUCAGGCACAUGAGCAACAAAGGCAUGGAGCACCUCUACAGCAUAAAGUGCAAGAACACAGUGCCUCUGUACGACCUGCUGCUGGAGAUGCUGGACGCUCACCGCCUCCACCGUCCAGUGCAACGAUCUCAGUUCGGGUGUCAGGCUGACACCACCAGCAACAACAACAACAACAGCAACAGCAACAGCAGCAGCAGCGGCAGCUCCUCCUCAGCAGGCUCCAGUUCAGGAACCCAAGAGAGCCAUGAGACCCCAAGCAGAGCCCCCCAGGGUCUAGGCGUCCUGCAGUACGGAGGGUCCCAGUCUGACUACACCCACAUCCUAUGAGACGGAGCACAAGCAACAUCUGAAGGUCUUAUACAUGUCAGAAGUCAUUUUUAUGGAUGAUGUGUGUAGUUUAGAACAAGAGGGCUUUGGGAAUGAAAGAUAAACGUUGUAUUUGAAUUAAUUUCAUGAGAUGAUUAUUUAUAAAUUAAGUGAUUUUAUAGUUGUGGCUGUUUAGGUAGAAAUUAUUCCAGCAGCAGCAGCAGCAGCAGCAGCAGCAGCAGCAGCAGCAGCAGCAAUUAUUCACUUCAAUCUGAGUUUAAAUGCGGUUAAUCUUCUACGCUGCCUUUCAUAUCUGUGAUUUUUAGUCUCUAAUAGCUUUACAGACCAGCUCAUUAUUUCCAAAGUUGCAGACAUUAAGUCAUAUUGUGGCACUUUGUUAGCUACAGUAAUUUGAAAUGAGAAGCAGCUAAUUUAUCAUUUUAUUCGCCUCAACCAAAGUGCACUUCCUCUUGGGUUUAAGGGGCUAUUGGGCAUUAUUUUCACUUUUACAUUUCAAGGAUGAUUGCACACUGAACUAUGAUGAAACUGGUUCAAAUAAGUGUGUAAUUUAUAUUGUGUUAAAAUUGCUAGGUGAAAACAAAAUGUCAGGUAUCAGGUCUAAUGUGCACACACAGUUUCAAACAAAAAAAAGUACAUAAUUAUGAAAAGAUGUGUCUGAGGAUAAAUCCACUGUGCUGUUGAAUUUUAAAUAGCUACAAAUUACAUGAUCAAAUCCUACAGCACUGAUUACAUAAUGAAGGAAGUCAAGCAGUUGUUGGGUAACAUCACCUUCUUCACAGCUUUUUGUGUUUAGGUUUGUUCUCUGUGCUUACUUGCACCAAAGUUUUUCUGAAUUUGUUUUGUCUUAAAUAUGUGUGCGCACGUGUGUGUGUGUGUGUGUGUGUGUGUGUGUGUGUGUGUGUGUGUGUUUGGAGGUAAGACUGUGAGAGAGAGUGAGAGUGAGAUUUGAGACUCCAAUCUGACUUGAUGCAUAGAUUUUUGUCUUGAUGCAAUUGUUCAACAUUUAAAAUACAUGAAAGCUUCAACUGGUUAACUAUUCAUCCACUAAUUCAGAUGAGUUUGGCUGGAUUUACACACCUGAAAAAUCCCAAAUAUCAUAAUGUACAUACACAUGUAACUGUUUUCUUUUGGACAGAUUGGACUGAAUUGGAUCAGAUUUGAAAGAAGGACCCUUCUAGUCCUAGUUCUGAACAUAACAGCUACUCUCUCAAUUGUUUUGUCCAUAAAAUAGAAAAAAAAUGCAGCAAAUAGCAAAAAAUGUUCAUCAAAACUUACCAGAGCCCAAGAUGUUGUCUUCAAGUCACUUUUUGUCUAAACAGCCCAAAACCCAAAUGUAUUUAAAAAACUAUCACAUAUGACAAAGACAAUCAGCAAAUUCUCACAACUGAGAAGCUGAAUUCAGACAUUUUUGCUUGAAAAAUAGUUGAUUAUUUUCUAACUAACCAAUUAUUUCACCUCCAUGAAGUACUCAAAACAUGCGAACUGCUGAAAAAAACCUCUCUUUGGGGAUAUAUGACAUGUUUUAUAUUUGCAUUCUUUAAUUGAAAGGAGGGAAAUAAAAAUAAAAACAUGAUUUUUGAGUGAUCCACAUGCCUUAAGGUCUAUAUUGAUACUUAAACCAAGGUCACGAUCAUUUAACCAUGAUGAGGACUCCUCUGCCCCUUAAUAAAGCAAAUACUUCAUUGUUUUAUGUCCUGCAUUACCACUUAGAACAAUGUGAAAUAUGUCAAAUAAUAUGAAUAAAUUUGGCCAUUACACUGUCCGUAACUGUAAUUGUAAACACUUGAAUCUGGUAAUUCUAAGCAAUUGAGAGGAUGCUGCAGGGAUAUAAAAAUGCUGAACAAAACAUUGUGGUUAGAGUGAAGUCUGUAGUUGUCACAUCUGAUCUGUACCACUUACACACACAUAUGUAUGAAAAGCUUCCAUACAGCAUCAGAAAUUUGGAUUUGGCCAUUAGAGCUGUGAGUGUAAAUCCAGUCAACUCAGACGUGACUGUCAUUUGUUUACUGUGCAUAAAAAUAAAAACAUCAACUUGGAAAA